GCAAAACGUGCUGAAACUGAAAGUGGCUGAUACCUGGCGAAAGAAAGUAGAAAAUUAAAAAGAAUGGUUUAGGAUUUUUAUACUAGCAUGGCCAAUCUGCCACGGCUAACAGGAGCCCUCAGGGCAUUUGCAAAUGUGUCGUCACAGGACAGUCACAGUGUGAAUACAAGCAGGGACCUGUUGGAGAGACGCCGACUGCAGACCGAACUACAGAGCAAGGACAGCGAUGCCUGGCAGAGUCUGGUGUCUCUGGUGAAGAACAAUGCUGAUGCUCAGAUACAGGACAUCAACGCGGCACUCAAGCAGCUCACUGUCAGUGCAAAGGCUGUUGUUGGCAAUGAAGCAAGCUCAGACACAGUGGAAGGUGCAGCAUCAUACCUGUUUGAUGUUUUCAAAUUUUCCCGACAUGUUGGUUCUCGAGAAACUGCCAAGAUUCGUAACAUAUUUGGACCAUUCCCAGCCUCAGCUGCAACAAAAGCCUGUGAAGUUGUCCAGAAGAUAGUAUCAUGGCUACCGGAAGACGUUUUGUCCGAGUCGGACGAACCAGGGAGACAGGAAGCAGAUGGGGCAGCCAUUAUUCAAGAGUUUGGAAAAAAUUUGAAGUUUUCUUCCCCUGACUCGGAUGGUAUUAAUGAGGUUCUUUCUAGUUCAGAAUCAGAGGAGGAAAAAGAAGAACUGAAUUUUGACUUAAAAUAUAACAGCUGUUCUCGUUCAGUGCCCAGCAAGGUAGAGAAAACAAUCGAAGGAGCGGAAUCUAAACGGUUUGAUUAUGCCUGGUUGCUAAGCGAAGUGAAGAUAUAUUUUCCACAUGAAGAGACAUCGCUCGGGCUCACAGUUACAGAUCUUGCCACCAGUUUGUUUGAUGUUCUGUGUUCCAUAAAGACGGAUGAAGAGUUGCAGAAUGAGUUGUUUGAAUUGCUCGGAUUUGAUCGGUUUGAGAUGAUUGAGAGUCUCCUUGGCAACCGACGCAGUUUGAUGCAGUCACUGAUUGAGGAGUCUGCAAAACCCAUUGCUACUGCAGGACAAAAGAAAAAAGGAGAUCCUCAAAAUAGGCCAGCUUAUGGAUGUCAAGUAACUAUUCAAACUGAAGAUGAGAAGCUCUUGAAGAAACAAAUUAGAAAAGAGGAAAAAAAGAUUUCUCGGAGAGAUGGUAGGAAAGUGGAGGAUGGUUCUGAUCAAGGCAUGGACUUCGACCCGCAGAAAAUGAGAACACAGAGAGAAGAAGCAUUGCAAGCUGCGGCUAUGACCCCCUUGUUUCCCCAGCGUUCAAGCCACUAUCAACCAAGAGAAAAGUUCCCUUUUGUGUUUGAUACUUACGAGGAAGCCAGACACUCCUCAGCAUAUGUUGGUGGAUGCAAGCUAGUCCUUCCAGCGGGGUUUGAGAGAAAGGAGGAGAAGACGUUCGAAGAAGUCAAUAUUCCUCCAAUCCAAGCCGGUCUCACAAAUGUGGGCAAGGAGCUUAUUCCUAUAUCGUCUCUAGAUGAGAUUGGCCAGCUUGCGUUCAGAGGAAUGAAGUCACUGAACAGAAUCCAGUCGGUGGUGUUUGAGUCGGCGUACAGAACCAACGAAAACCUGCUCAUUUGUGCUCCGACUGGUGCUGGCAAGACGAACAUUGCAAUGUUGGCCAUCCUUCAUGAGAUAAAACAACACUUGUCGCAGGGUGUUAUCAAGAAAGAUGAAUUUAAGAUUGUUUAUGUUGCUCCAAUGAAAGCGUUGGCUGCGGAGAUGGUUCGUAAUUUUGGAGGUCGACUGGAGCCGCUUGGUCUGGUCGUGAGAGAACUGACAGGAGACAUGUCACUCACCAAGGCUGAGAUUCUUAAAACACAGAUGCUGGUAACAACACCUGAAAAGUGGGAUGUGGUGACCCGGAAAAGCACAGGUGAUGUUGCUUUGGCUCAACUUGUUAAACUGCUAAUUUUUGAUGAGAUCCACUUACUGCACGAUGACAGAGGACCAGUCAUUGAGAGUCUGGUUGCUAGGACGAUUAGACAGGUGGAGAGUUCACAGAGUAUGAUCCGGAUUAUCGGACUGUCGGCCACACUGCCCAACUACCUGGAUGUGGCCCACUUCCUCAACGUCAACCCGUACGUCGGACUCUUCUUCUUUGAUGGAAGGUUUAGACCUGUUCCUCUCAGUCAAACAUUCAUUGGUAUUAAAACCACAUCUACUAUGCAACAGAUGAUGGAGUUCAACCAUGUCUGUUAUGAGAAAGUUCUGUUCCAAGUCAAAGCAGGCUACCAGGUUAUGGUGUUUGUCCAUGCGAGAAAUGAAACAGUACGCACAGCAAUGGUGCUCAGGGAUUUAGCAAAGAAUAAACACCAGAUUGGAUUCUUCCUGCCUCCACAGGGACCCAAGUUUGGAGAAGCACAGAAAGUUACAAUGAGGUCUCGGAACAAACAGCUGAAGGAGCUGUUCUCCGAUGGGUUUGCAAUCCACCAUGCCGGAAUGCUGCGUCAGGAUCGUAACCUGGUGGAGAAGUAUUUUUCGGCAGGCCUGAUCAAGGUUCUCUGUUGUACGGCCACAUUGGCCUGGGGCAUCAAUUUGCCAGCACAUGCUGUUAUCAUCAAGGGAACACAGAUCUAUGAUGCGAAGAAAGGAACGUUUGUCGAUCUCGGAAUCCUCGAUGUGAUGCAGAUAUUCGGUCGUGCUGGUCGGCCUCAGUUUGACAAGUUUGGACAUGGCACGAUCAUCACAACUCACAACAAACUGAGUCACUACCUGUCACUGAUGACUAGACAGAACCCCAUUGAGAGUCAGUUCAUAAACAGCCUCACUGAUAAUCUGAAUGCAGAGAUAGUUCUUGGCACGGUGACUAACGUGGAAGAGGCGGUGCGAUGGCUGAGCUACACGUACCUGUAUGUGAGGAUGAGGAUCAACCCGCUCGUGUACGGGAUAUCACACACCACACUGGAAGAAGACCCAUUGUUGGAACUUCACCGUCAUGAACUGAUAAGAGAUGCUGGGAGGAAGCUGGACAAAGCGGAGAUGGUUAGGUUCGACGAGAACACUGGAUACUUCUUCUCCACUGACUUGGGACGCAUUGCGAGCCACUUUUACAUCAAGUAUGACACUGUGGAGAUGGUGAAUGAAACCUUUGUUUCACUCAUGACAGAGUCUGAUGUGUUUAGUAUUUUGUCAAAGGCGCAAGAAUUUGAUCAGAUAAAGGUCCGUGACGAUGAAAUGGAUGAGCUGGAGAACUUGGUCCAUGAUGCCUGUGAGAUGCCUGUCCCGGGUGGUAAGGAAAACACACACGGCAAAGUGAACAUCCUGCUUCAGUCGUACGUGUCGCGACACAUGAUCGACAGCUUCUCUCUCGUCUCAGACAUGUCCUAUGUAGCUCAGAAUGCUACACGUAUCAUGAGGGCACUGUUUGAGAUUGCCCUGAAAAGGGGUUGGCCCAUCAUGGCCAGCCGCCUCCUACGACUGAGCAAGAUGGUUGACAAGCGACUCUGGGGAUUUCAGCAUCCACUCCGUCAGUUCAUGAUUCUCACACAUGAGAUAUUGGAGAAGCUCGAAAGGUCAAGAUUGACCAUAGAUCGCCUCAAAGAGAUGACUCCUCAAGAAAUAGGUCACAUGAUCCACCAUGUUAAGAUGGGUGGAGUCGUUAAGAAAUGUGUCAGUCAUUUACCCUGUCUGGAUCUGGAUGCCAACAUUCAGCCAAUCACACGCACCGUACUCCGAGUGAGGCUCACCAUAACGCCAGACUUCAAGUGGGAUGACAAGGUCCAUGGUGGUACAGCGGAACCAUUCUGGAUCUGGGUGGAGGACCCAGACAACAACCAUAUCUACCAUUCAGAGUACUUCAUGCUACACAAGAAACAGGUUGUCAAUGCAGAGGCACAAAAUCUGGUGUUCACCAUUCCUAUAUUCGAGCCCCUGCCGACUCAGUAUUAUGUGAAGGCCAUAUCUGACCGAUGGCUAGGAUCAGAAGCUGUGUGUCCUAUUUCAUUCCAGCAUCUCAUACUGCCAGAGAGACACCCACCCCAUACAGAGCUUCUUGAUUUGCAUCCGUUGCCGAUCACUGCCCUGAACGAUCCGAAGCUGGAGGUGCUGUACAAGUUCUCCCACUUCAACCCGGUGCAGACUCAGUUCUUUCACACUCUGUAUCACACGGACAGUAAUGUGCUGCUCGGUGCGCCCACCGGAUCGGGGAAAACAGUGGGAGCAGAACUCGCAAUAUUCAGGGUGUUCCGAGAAUAUCCAAAGUACAAGGCUGUGUACAUUGCACCACUAAAGGCUCUAGUCAGAGAAAGAAUGGAAGAUUGGAAAGUCAGAAUAGAGCAGAAACUAGGGAGAAAAGUUGUUGAGUUAACGGGAGACGUGACUCCAGACAUCAGAGCUAUUGGAGAAGCCGACCUGAUCGUAACGACACCCGAGAAGUGGGACGGCAUUAGUCGGAGCUGGCAGACGAGAAGUUACGUUAAAGCUGUGGCUCUCAUCGUCAUCGACGAAAUACAUCUGCUAGGAAAUGACAGAGGUCCAGUUCUAGAAGUUGUCGUUUCGAGAACAAACUUCAUCUCGUCACACACGGAGAAACCUGUCCGUGUGGUGGGGCUGUCAACAGCUUUAGCCAAUGCCAGGGAUCUCGCUGAUUGGCUGGGCAUUAAACAGGUUGGAUUGUUCAACUUCCGACCGUCUGUCCGUCCUGUUCCUCUUGAAGUACACAUCGCAGGAUUUCCUGGUCAGCAUUACUGUCCUAGAAUGGCCACGAUGAAUAAACCAACCUUUCAAGCGAUAAAAACACACUCUCCAGAAAAGCCGGUGCUGAUAUUUGUGUCGUCACGGCGACAGACGCGAUUGACAGCUCUGGAUCUGAUAGCCUACUUGGCUGCCGAGAUGAACCCGAAACAGUGGCUGCACAUGGAGGAGAUGGAGAUGGAGAAUCUGAUUGUGGGUAUCAAGGACACUAACUUGAAGUUGACUCUGGCCUUUGGAAUCGGCAUCCACCAUGCUGGACUGGUAGAGAGAGACAGGAAGUCUGUGGAAGAAUUAUUCGUCAAUCAAAAGAUACAGGUUCUGAUAGCAACCAGCACGUUAGCCUGGGGUGUCAACUUCCCUGCUCACUUGGUGGUCAUCAAGGGAACAGAGUACUUUGAUGGAAAGACAAAAAGAUAUGUGGACUUCGCCAUAACUGAUGUCUUACAAAUGAUGGGACGGGCUGGACGGCCGCAGUUUGAUGAUCAGGGCAAGGCCGUCAUCCUGGUUCAUGACAUCAAGAAACAUUUCUACAAGAAGUUUCUGUACGAACCCUUUCCUGUGGAAUCAAAUUUGUUGGAAGUUCUGCCCGACCAUCUGAAUGCGGAGAUAGUGGCGGGAACGAUCACGUCAAAGCAAGACGCCAUGGAUUACAUCACCUGGACCUACUUCUUCCGGCGCCUUGUUGUCAAUCCAAGCUACUACAAUCUGGAUAACACAGACUUUGAUGUGGUGAACAAAUUCCUGUCUGCCCUGGUGGAGAAGUCGCUUAUUGAGUUAGAAUCAUCAUACUGUAUUCAAGUGGGAGAUGACAACAGAAGUGUCUCACCACUGACUCUGGGCAGGAUUUCAUCCUACUACUACCUGAAUCACAUCACCCUGCGAAUGUUCUGCGAGGAUCUCAAACCGGACUCCAACAUCGAAGAGCUCAUCAAGAUUUUGUCUAAUGCUCAUGAAUAUGAUGAACUUCCUGUGAGACACAAUGAAGACAGCAUCAACAGCGAACUCGCCCGGAAGAUGUCUCUCGACUUGUAUGCCUAUGAUUCAUCACACACCAAGACUCAGAUCCUGUUACAUGCCCACUUCAACCAGACACAACUUCCCUCAACGGACUACUUCACAGACACCAAGUCUGUUCUCGACCAGACAAUACGAAUACUACAGGCCAUGUUAGAUGUGUCUGCGGAUCAAGGCUGGCUCGUGACAUCGCUGCGAGUGAUCAUGCUCAUACAGAUGGUAGUCCAGGCUCGCUGGCUCCACGAUUCCUCUCUGCUGACUCUGCCCAACGUCAUGCCGUACCAUCUCCACUGCUUCAAACCUCGAAGCAGUGGUGGAGCCCGGAAGAAGGGGUCUCCAGACUUGUCUGUUCCCAUAGAAACCUUACCCCAGCUGAUGGUCACCUGUGAUGGCAAUUUCAAACUGCUGUCGGCCAUGUUGGAUGGAGAGAUGAGUCCUGCACACAUUGACCAGUUGUAUCAUACAAUAUGUCGUCUGCCGCAGAUUGAAGUGUCCAUGGCCAUCAAAGGCUGGUGGGCUGGUGACAAGAGGCAGCAAAAUGAAAAACCAGUGAACACAAGACACAGAGGUGGCCGGCGUCCAGAGAGUUCCUGGAUAACUAUCCAUGCUGACCAAGAGUACGUCUUGAAAAUCACCCUGACACGAAUCAACAAAACUAAGAAACAUGACAGCAAAGCCUCAUCUCCGAAAUUCCCCAAGCCUAAAGACGAAGGAUGGGUGCUUGUUGUUGGAGACAUUGAGAACAAGGAGGUUAUUGCCUUGAAGCGUGUGGGGUACGUCCGAGGCCGAACCACAGCACAGUUGGCUCUGUUCACCCCAGAGUCGACCGGACGUGUGAUAUACACGCUGUAUCUCAUGAGCGACGCAUACCUAGGCUUGGACCAGCAGUACGAUUUGUGUUUGAAUGUCAUUCCUUCCAACAUUGAGGCUCAAGUCAACACAGAACUUGAAGGUGAACUUGCUGACCUUGACUUUGGAGACUGACCUUGAGUUCGGUUAAUGUUGACCUUGAGACUGACCUUGAGUUUUUCUGUCAAGCAUGAUGGAUUUUGACCUUGAGGACUCUUUGGUGAUUGGUUCAUUAUGAUAGGAUCAUGACUGAUGGCUGUGAAUUCACAACUGGUGCCAAUAAAAAGACAACUUGUUUUCUGUGACAAACAAAUGAUGUUUUUGUGACAAAGAAGUGACUGGAUGAAUUAGUAAUCUAGUAUUUCUAAUAGUGUUAUGACUACAUGGAUCAAGAAGUAGUGAGGAUGGUUAAGUGCAAUGUUUCUUUCUUAGAUAUUAUCUGAAGGACCUCAUUAAGUGUAUUUUCAUUUAAAAUAUAAUAUGUUAUAUAUACUGAUGGAAAGAAAUAAGGGAACACAUGGUAUUUGAGACCUAGUGUAAUUCACUACUGGAGUAGUUAUUUCUGUAUAAAAUACAGAGAUGUAUUGUGACACUGCAUGUCAGUACUGUGGGGUUGACAUCCAGUAACACAGUUAAUUUCCUGAUACUUGAGGAUAAGGAUUUUGGUUGCAGUCAACAUUUGAUGUUAUUACUCACGUGUUCCUUUAUUUCUUUCCAUCAGUAUAUUUCAUUAAGUACAAUACAAAGUCUAUAUACAAAGUAAAAUAUUUAUGAUUUUUAAAAAUAUUGAAAUAUUUUCCAAUAUAAAUCUAUAUUAAAUGCGGUAACCAGGACCAUGUAACUUAUUCCUAACUUUAUUAUUGUUUGAAAUCUAUAUUCCUUGUGGAUAAAUGCAUAACUGAAUCUAAUAACUGGAAAUGGCAAGUGAAUCGGGUAUCAAAUCCAGGUUGAACGUAAAGGUGAAAGGUGUUUUGUGUCUGAUAUAUACAUGUAUAUCAGAGUGGAAAAUGGAUCAUCUAGGAUUGACAAUAUGAUUGUACAAAAUAAGAGGUUUGUUAAAUAUAAAUCAUUUUGAAAAGGAAUUUACAAAAAAUUAUUCUCAGUUUAGCUUAGAUUUUUAUAAUCUGUUCUUGAUCAGUCAUAAAUUCAGGACAUUAUUACACAGCCUGGAAUGUGAAACAUUUUUAUGUUGCAUUCUGUAUGGGUAAAAAACGAGUGAGAGAAAAUGUAUAUUUAUUUUUAUUUUAUCAGUAAUGUAUUUCAUCACAAGUAAUGUAUAAUGGUAUAAUUUAAAUAAAAGAAUGUAUAAUAUGAAAAAA